AAAAGGACUUUGUUUGUUUCCCUUUAUAUAUAUAUAUACACACUGUGAAUGAUACAACCAUAAUUGAUAACUCUGCCAAAGCCUAUACCCUGUGCCAUUUCUCUCAACUCUCUGAAGAUCUGAACUCUCUGGUUGUCUGUCAUGGACCAAAGUAAGGAGAAAAAUGCCCCUUGGCUAUCAGUUCCACAGUUUGGGGACUGGGAUCAGAAGGGUCCAUUGCCAGAUUACUCAAUGGAUUUCUCAAAAAUCCGGGAAAUGAGGAAGCAAAACAAGACAAACAUUUCAAGGGCAAGUCUUGGCAAUGAAGAGGAGCUCACAGCAUCUACCACGAGCAGCAGUAUAAACACUGGCCACACUGAGCCCCAGCAGCACUCUAACUACCACCAAGCUAACUCUCCCACUACAAGGAGGAGCUUUUUCAGCUACUUCAACUGUUGUGUAAAAGCCUGAUAUUCAAGGGCAUCUGCAACUGUUUUCUUCUUUGACUUUCUCAGCAGAGAUAGUUAUGCUUUUGCACUUGGAUUGCCGAAACUUAGUUUGCCCUUGUUCUUGAUUUAGGAAAACAAACAUUUCCUUGAAGGUUUAAACUUCAAUUGGUGGUUCUGUUAUAUUCAUUGAAAUAUUUGUAUCUAGUUAGAGGUGCCAAUGGGAAAAUGUAAAUGUGCUAUGAUGAUGACUUGAUGAGGCAAUUCAGAACAGUAAUGUGCUUGACAAUGAAAUUUCCUCCUCUUUUGUUCCUCA